AUGGGGUUGAUGCGUACUGAACCACAGUAUGAAAAAGUGGCCAUGACGAAUCUGCGGGUGAUUCAUGACUCCGUGAACGUGUUUCUUCAGCAGCUUUAUACCAAGAACCUGCGUCAAAACUAUAAGUACACAGGUCUGGCGCGUGUGCUAGAGUACAUGUGUAAUGAUCGCAUCCAUGCUGCUAGUCCAGCUAUGACAGACGCCCCGACGGUGCAGGCAGUGUCUCAGGGUAAUCGUUAUGCCAUGGAUGGCACUUUGGCUGCUCUUUAUAAUUUGCGUGUACAAAUAAAGAACCAGCGUAAGGAGAACAAGACGUCGCAGAAGGAUCUAUGA